AUGGGUUCUGCAGUUAAAGUGGUUGACGUCAUUCUGUUCUCUUACAUGCUCAUAAUAGCGCUGGCAUGUGUACUUAUAUACUCUCAGCUCCUUCUCCCUCAAGCUCUCUACCCUCAUUUCCUCGUCCAGCUCAAGAACUGGUACAUCCGCGAGUAUGAUCACUAUCUGAUGGUAGACCAGCCCUAUUUCUAUGUUGGACUCGUUUGGUAUGAGUUCACCUUUGAAGUGCCACUCAUUCUUCUCAAUCUUUACGCCAUUUUGACUGCCAAACCCUGGCUCAAAACCACUUGCUUGAUCUACGGUGUUGCUUUGUCUUCUGCAAUGGUUGCUCUGCUAUCAGAAAUGGUGGGUUCUGGAAGGGCAUCUGCUAAGCUAUUGUCAUUGUACGGCCCUGUCAUGGGUUUAGGAGUGUUAGCUAUCCUGCGAGGUUUAGGAGUGUUAUCUGGCAAGAGCCCUAAAAUGUCCACCAAAAAGCGACUUUGA